CUGUGUCAACAUGGCUCUCUGAGGAAACAGUUAGUGCGCUAUUGUCAAUAACAGAGCAGCUGAAGGAGACCUGCGUUGUUUUGUUUUGUGUUUUUCAGGUUGGUGUUUUAAAGCGACCAGGCUGUGUGGUUUAACACGCCUGCUUCCCUCGCUGAAAUGUUUGCUUUGGCGAAAGUGCAGCAGGCUGCAGCUGUAGUGGGACGCCAGUGUGUGAGUGUGAGGAGUGUGAGGAGUGUGAACACACUGAGGGCGUUGAGCACAGGACACUCAUGCUCUGAGCAUGGAGAGCACGGACACGACGUGUACGACAUCAUCAUAUCGGGUGGAGGAAUGGUGGGGACUGCUAUGGCAUGCUCGCUAGGCUUUGAUCCGAAUUUGCAAGGCAGAAAGAUUCUUUUAUUGGAAGCUGGCCCCAAGAAAGAGAUGGACCAGGUGCCCAAGGUUUACAGCACACGGGUCAGCUCUAUCAGCCCGGGUUCAGCAACACUCCUCAGUGGUCUUGGAGCUUGGGAUCAUAUAGUCAAUCUGAGAUGCAAACCCUAUCAGAAAAUGCAGGUUUGGGAUGCUUGUUCAGACGCCUUAAUCACGUUCGAUAAGGAGAAUCUGCAGGAUGAGAUGGCGUACAUUGUGGAGAACGACGUCAUUGUGGCUGCUCUCACCAGGCAGCUUCAGACUCUCUCUGAUCAAGUCGAAGUGCAGUACAGAACGAAGGUGGUGAAGUACACUUGGCCCAGGCCUUUCCAGGUGGCUGACUCCAUCCCGUGGGUCCAGGUGACAUUAGCCAAUGGACGCACCUUGCAGACCAAGCUGCUGAUUGGGGCAGAUGGACCCAACUCCAUGGUACGGAGCAAGGCAGGGAUUCCCACUGUCAAGUGGAAUUACGACCAGUCUGCCGUAGUGGCCGUUUUACAUUUAUCUGAGCCUACUGAAAACAAUGUGGCAUGGCAGAGGUUCCUCCCAACCGGGCCAAUUGCAAUGCUGCCGUUGUCAGACACACAGAGCUCUCUGGUUUGGUCCACCAGUCAUCACCAUGCAGAGGAGCUUCUUCAGAUGGAUGAAGAGAGUUUUGUGGAUGCCAUUAACAAUGCAUUUUGGAGUAAUGAGAACCAGUCUGACCUGGUGGAGGCUGCCGGUUCCUUGUUCCGCCAUGCCCUUUCCAUCCUCAUGCCCAAUGGCGCCUCCACCCGCCAGCUUCCACCCAGCGUGGCGGCUAUUGGCCCUAAGAGCCGGGUCAUGUUCCCUCUGGGAAUGGGCCAUGCCUCUGAGUACAUCCGCCACAGAGUAGCCCUAAUUGGAGAUGCUGCACACAGAGUACACCCUCUGGCAGGCCAAGGUGCCAAUCUAGGAUUUGGGGAUGUGGUCUGUUUGACACGGGUGCUAAGCCAAGCAGCAUUCAAUGGCAAAGACCUUGGCGACAUGCAGCACCUGCUGGAGUAUGAAACUGAGCGCCAGCGGCACAAUCUACCCAUGAUGGCAGCCGUUGACCUCAUGAAGAGACUUUACUCCACUAACGUCGCUCCGCUGGUGCUGCUGAGAACCUUUGGCCUCCAGGCCACUAACGCUCUGCCACCUCUCAAAGAGCAGAUUAUUGCAUACGCCAGCAAGUGAAUGACACACGGAGGCUUGUGGGUCAAGAUGGCAUGGAAAUUUUGUCUACAGAAUGUAUGUAAAAGUAUAAAUUAAUAAAUUCUAUUUUAAGUCA